AUGGCCGAUACAAGGAAAAACAAUGCGGAUCCAAUUGUGAUAUCUCUUGAAGCAAAUUUUCACGGUGUUAAUAAUGAUAGCUGGGAAGGUAAACUUAUUCAAUUCCCAAAAGGAGGAAUAUUAUGGGGCCUCCAUUUAUCAAAACAAAAAUCAGAAGUUGGCAUCACUUCGAGAAUAAUUGGUUGCCUGAUUUGCUUUGGUCCAAUUAAAGAUCACGCGCCUGAUUGGUCCAUCACGUUCGACCAUGUUUUCACUCUCUACAGCAAGCGAGUUGGUUCGGCAGGAACAAUUCAAAAGAAUACCUCCCUUAGUGGAGCAUGUCCUAUUAUCAACAAUUAUGAAUGGGGAGAUGCCAACUCGGAUCUACUCGAUGUAUUCAAGAAUACCGAAAAUAUCAGAUUAUCUUGUCAUCUAUACAUAUCUGAAACAAACGGAAUCAACAGAGAAGCACUGAAACAAACUAAAAGGAGUAGAGAACAGACGGAUGAACCAGUGACAGCAUCUCAAGUGGAAUCUCAGGUCAUGAAAUGUUUUAGCGACAUGCUCGUCAAUGAGAAAAUAGAUUUUUCUAAUAUCGCAAUGGACGCUAUGCACAAGUUAUCGGAAUUGUUCUGUUUUCCACGAGUGAUCGAUGUGUGUAGGCAGUAUCUAAUCAAAAAUCAAACGGAACUACUAGGCAGUACCAGCGAUUUUGAUAACGAAUCGGACAUUUAUGAGGAAUUCAACUUGACUGGAUUUGAUUACCCUGCAAAUUGUGAAACCAGAAGGGUGCGAAUGGGGAACUUGAAUGAAGAUGAUAUAAUUGCUAUGUUCCAACAGUUAUGCUCUAUCGCUUUCACAAAAGCUUCAUAA